GGAAGGUGCAGCAUUUGGAGGCGCCACUGCUUCUUCAUAGCAAUGAGGUGAGCUGGCAGAAAGAAACAACCCAAGGAAUGUAAAAGAAAUAUAAAAAGGUCAUUUAUGCAUCAUAAUCAGAAAAUUCUCACCCGGAUCCAUGAAGCUAAAGAGUUAGAGGUGGAAAUGGUACAGGUUAUUGUAAAAAAACUUGGAGAGUGACAUAAGCAAGAUUGUCCAAUAAGAUGCCCCUCAUCAUAUUACCACCUCCCAACAAUAACUUGGCAUCAUCUCAUGGACAAAAGUGACUUUGUCGGAGCUGUGGGAUCCAGCAUCACAUGCCAAAGGAUCUGGGAGGAGUCCCACCCACCUAUGCGUCAGGUAAUAGGCAUACAGACCUUGCUCUAGGCUGUGGACUGUGAAGUGGCCCAUGAACCAAUUCACUCCCUCUCAACUGAGGUCCAAGAACCCAUGGAGAACACUUACUUGGACAAUCACUCACAUUUGAGGAAGCCUUUGGGGAGGUCCAGGAGUCCAGUGGAGAAAUUCCAGCACACCACUGGAGGGAAAAAAAAAAAUCCAAGAUAGUACUUAUUGGAAAAGGUUGUUCUUCAGAAACAAUGGUUAUCUCUUUGAACUCAUGCCUGGGCUUUAUCUGUUUAUUGUUAUGCCAUUGGAUGAGGACAGCGUCAUCUCUGAACCUUGAGGACCCUAAUGUGUGUAGCCACUGGGAAAGCUACUCCGUGACUGUGCAAGAGUCAUACCCACAUCCCUUUGAUCAAAUUUACUACACUAGCUGCACUGACAUUCUGAACUGGUUUAAAUGCACACGGCACAGAAUCAGUUAUCGGACAGCCUAUCGACAUGGAGAAAAAACUAUGUAUAGGCGCAAAUCCCAGUGCUGUCCUGGAUUUUAUGAGAGCAGGGAAAUGUGUGUCCCCCACUGUGCUGAUAAAUGCGUCCAUGGUCGCUGCAUUGCUCCAAACACCUGUCAGUGCGAGCCUGGCUGGGGUGGGACCAACUGCUCCAGUGCCUGCGAUGGUGAUCACUGGGGGCCUCACUGCAGCAGCCGGUGCCAGUGCAAAAAUGGAGCUCUGUGCAACCCCAUCACGGGGGCUUGCCACUGCGCUGCGGGCUUCCGGGGCUGGCGCUGCGAGGAGCGCUGUGAGCAGGGCACCUAUGGUAACGACUGUCACCAGAGAUGCCAGUGCCAGAACGGAGCUACUUGUGAUCAUGUCACGGGGGAGUGCCGCUGCCCACCCGGAUACACUGGAGCCUUCUGUGAGGACCUUUGUCCCCCUGGCAAGCACGGGCCGCAGUGCGAGCAGAGAUGCCCCUGCCAAAAUGGAGGCGUUUGUCAUCACGUCACUGGAGAAUGCUCUUGUCCUUCUGGCUGGCUGGGCACAGUGUGUGGUCAGCCUUGCCCCGAGGGUCGCUUUGGAAAGAACUGUUCACAAGAAUGUCAGUGCCAUAAUGGAGGGACAUGUGAUGCUGCCAUGGGCCACUGUCACUGCAGUCCCGGAUACACAGGGGAACGGUGCCAGGAUGAGUGUCCCGUUGGCACCUACGGAGUUCGCUGUGCGGAGACCUGCCAGUGUGUCAAUGGAGGGAAGUGUUACCACGUGAGUGGCUCUUGCCUCUGUGAAGCAGGCUUUGCUGGUGACCGCUGUGAGGCGCGCCUGUGUGCAGAAGGGCUCUAUGGCAUCAAGUGUGACAAGCGGUGUCCCUGCCACCUGGACAACACUCAUAGCUGUCACCCCAUGUCUGGAGAGUGUGCCUGCAAGCCAGGCUGGUCGGGACUCUACUGUAAUGAGACAUGUUCUCCUGGAUUCUACGGGGAAGGUUGCCAACAGAUCUGCAGCUGCCAAAACGGGGCCGACUGUGACAGUGUGACAGGGAAGUGCACCUGUGCCCCAGGAUUCAAAGGAAUUGACUGCUCUACCCCAUGCCUUCUGGGAACCUAUGGGAUAAAUUGUUCCUCUCUCUGUGGCUGUAAAAACGAUGCUGUCUGCUCUCCUGUGGAUGGCUCUUGUACUUGUAAAGCAGGCUGGCACGGGGUGGACUGCUCCAUCAGCUGUCCCAGUGGCACAUGGGGCUUUGGCUGUAACUUAACAUGCCAGUGCCUCAACGGCGGAGCCUGCAACACCUUGGAUGGGACCUGCACCUGUGCACCUGGAUGGCGUGGGGAGAAAUGUGAAUUUCCCUGCCAGGAUGGCACGUAUGGGCUGAACUGUGCCGAGCGCUGUGACUGUAGCCAUGCCGAUGGCUGCCACCCCACCACGGGCCAUUGCCGCUGCCUCCCCGGAUGGUCAGGUGUCCACUGUGACAGCGUGUGUGCUGAGGGACGCUGGGGCCCCAACUGCUCCCUGCCCUGCUACUGUAAGAACGGGGCUUCGUGUUCCCCCGACGACGGCAUCUGUGAGUGUGCACCGGGGUUCCGAGGCACCACUUGUCAGAGAAUCUGCUCGCCUGGUUUUUAUGGGCAUCGCUGCAGCCAGACGUGCCCGCAAUGUGUGCACAGCAGCGGGCCCUGCCACCACAUCACAGGCCUGUGUGACUGCUUGCCUGGCUUCACAGGUGCCCUCUGCAAUGAAGUGUGUCCCAGUGGCAGAUUUGGGAAAAACUGUGCAGGAAUUUGUACCUGUACCAACAAUGGAACCUGUAACCCCAUUGACAGAUCUUGUCAGUGUUACCCAGGGUGGAUUGGCAGUGACUGCUCUCAACCCUGUCCACCUGCGCACUGGGGCCCGAACUGCAUCCACACGUGCAGCUGCCACAACGGGGCCUUCUGCAGCGCCUACGACGGGGAGUGCAAAUGCACUCCGGGCUGGACGGGGCUCUACUGCACUCAGAGAUGUCCCCUGGGCUUCUAUGGAAAGGACUGUGUGUUGAUAUGCCAGUGUCAAAACGGAGCUGACUGCGACCACAUCUCCGGGCAGUGUACCUGCCGCACCGGGUUCAUGGGGAAGCACUGUGAGCAGAAGUGCCCUGCAGGAACAUACGGCUAUGGCUGUCGCCAGAUAUGUGACUGUCUGAACAACUCCACCUGCGACCACAUCACCGGGACCUGUUACUGCAGCCCAGGGUGGAAGGGGGCACGAUGUGAUCAAGCAGGUGUUAUAAUAGUUGGAAAUCUGAACAGCUUAAGCAGAACCAGCACGGCUCUCCCCGCCGAUUCCUACCAGAUCGGGGCCAUCGCGGGCAUCAUCAUCCUUGUCCUGGUUGUUCUGUUCCUCCUGGCAUUGUUCGUUAUCUAUAGACACAGGCAGAAGGGGAAGGAAUCGAGCAUGCCCGCGGUUACCUACACCCCCGCUGUGAGGGUCAUGAAUGCAGACUAUGCCAUUUCCGAAACUCUUCCUCAUGGCAAUGGUGGAAAUGCUAACAGCCAUUACUUCACCAAUCCCAGUUACCACACACUCGCCCAGUGUGCCACAUCCCCUCACGUCAACAACAGGGACAGGAUGACAAUUGCAAAGUCAAAGAACAAUCAGCUCUUUGUGAAUCUGAAACACGUGACUCCUGGGAAGAAGGGCCCUGUGAUGGACUACGUGGGCACGCUGCCUGCAGACUGGAAGCACGGCGGCUGCCUCAAUGAGCUUGGUGCUUUUGGACUUGACAGAAGUUAUAUGGGAAAAUCCUUGAAAGACCUGGGAAAGAAUUCUGAAUAUAAUUCAAGUAACUGCUCCCUAAGCAGUUCUGAAAACCCAUACGCCACUAUUAAAGACCCACCUGUCCUUAUUCCCAAGCACUCAGAAUGUGGUUAUGUGGAGAUGAAGUCACCGGCGCGGAGAGAUUCCCCAUAUGCAGAGAUCAAUAACUCAACUUCAGCCAACAAGAAUGUCUAUGAAGUUGAACCUACAGUGAGUGUUGUCCAAGGAAUACUCAGCAAUAACGGGCAUCUCACCCAGGAUCCAUAUGACCUCCCAAAGAACAGUCACAUCCCUUGUCAUUAUGACCUGCUGCCAGUCCGAGACAGCUCAUCCUCCCCCCAGCGAGAGGAUGGUGGCGGCGGCGGCGGCAGCAGCAGCAGCAGUGAAUGACACCAAAGGACCACUGGGUAGCCACUGGAACCCUUUUCAGAACUGCAGUUUGGUUCUUCUCCAUUCUCAUGUUUGCCGCCCUAUGUGAAUGUUAAUCUGUUCAGUAGGCAAUUGUUGGACGUGAACCAGAAAGCUCAAAGCUGAGGCUGACUGACUGUAGGUCCUUUUCGUACAGGUGGCUCAGAAGGAGAUUCAGUGUGAUUUCCCAUUCUUGUUAGUUUUAGAACUGCACCCAUGAAGCAUGACUUAUUGUAAAAUCUCGGCUAAAAGCAUGACCAUGCAGGACUUUUUCUGAGACACGGGUUGCAGGGGAUGUUGGUAUUGUUGCUUGAAAAAUUAAAAUUUAAGUAUUUUGUUUCUCGUUUGCAUUAUAGAGCUGUACCUAGGAUUGUGCAGUUUACCAUAAAAUUUACUUCAUUAAAGUGCGAAUCAUUCAACAAGUAGAAGAAAAGGGGCAUCUCAUCGAGUCCUUAUUGUUUUACUUUUUCAGCUGGACUCGGAAUUGUAAGGAGAAUAUGAGCCCAGCAGGAAACAUUCUGCCAGGUGGUGUUACUGGAUAGAUUCUGAACAAAAUCUAGAGGUGGAUAGCAAACUUAAAUAUGAAAACUUUAGGCUUUUUUUAGAAUGAAGAAAUGUACCAUUAGAAUUACUUUAGAAAUGCUAGAAUUAUUGCAGGAAUCAAUAUGCAGGUGUGCCAGGCAGAGGUGCUUCUCCUCUCUAUGUGAUCCUUGGCCCACUUAGAUACAUGGCAUUACUCUGAUCACUGUCCCCAUCAUACACAUUCGCCACUUGAGGUCCAUAACAUAUCAAUAAUUAUUUCAGAAAUAUAGAAAUGAAAUAAUUUUAUUUUUGGCAGAUUGAAUUGAAUGAGUGUAUAAUGAUUGGAAAAGGUUGUAAAUUUUAGGUGUAAGAUGAUGCUUAAGUUUUGUAAACCAUUAGUAAUACAUGCUGUAAUAUAGAAUUAGCAGAAAGUUUUGAUUAAUUUUUCCCUAAAAGUGACCGAAAUAUUUUUGUUCAUAUUUGAGAAAAGGGCACUUUCCUUUUAUUAAUUGUUGAUUUAGAGAAACUAUGCUUAAGCUGGUCUUUUGCAUUGCUAAUAUGACAUGUACCCCCUUUUUCAUUAAUUUGUAUUUCCAUUUUUAAGUUGUAUAUUCUAUGUUUUGUAGUGUUUGGAUUGUUAAUGAACAAAUAUUAUUUGUUUCUUGUGUUAUGGCUACUUUUGUUUCUGCUUGAGAAAAAUGAAUUGUUCUUGUUUCUUUUGGAGGGAGGAGAUAAAAAUAUAUAAAUCAAAUCCAUUAAAAUUGGUCAUUACUAAAAUAGUACAGUAAUGACAAGUGAAUGGCUUAUAAUGGAAAUUGAGAAGCUUUUUAAUACUCUGAGAUGGAGUUCCCUUUGAUCUGCGGGUCCUGAGUCUUAGUUAAACCAAAGGGAAGGGGGGCAGGGAGACAUUGUUACUGAUCGCGUACCACAGACUGAUCUUACUAAAGACCUUUGUUAGGGUUAUCAUAUGAUUGAUCAUCCAAACUGGGACACUUUUGAGAGUAAAUGAGGGCACUAUGAACAAUAAUCCUGCAGUGGGCUUAAAUGUGGACUGUUACAGGCAAACCAGAAGAGAUGCUUAUCCUAUGCAUACUUAUGCAAUAACAUUUUUCACUCCAAGGCAGUUAUCUCAAGAGGUUGCUGACACAUGAUGCAAGAAAGCCAGUUUCUCUCUGAUCUCCCUGAGCCAGCCAAAGGGCUGAAAGGCUGAAUGAGGAAGCAACUUCAUAAGAGAAAACAGUGGUCAUCAAUCUUUUAAAGACAUGAAACCCUACGUGGUGUCCUGUCUCAGUGAGUCAAGUCACAAAUAUGCAUUGUGCCUCCGUUCUGCCAUUAGUAAAGAAGGCAUUGUGCCCUCCGCCAGCUACUGAGUUGGGAUAGCCAGCGCUUUCCUGUCGCACACCUGCACCUGUGAUGUUGGUUUGACAGAUGGAUGAGAGAACAAACACGCUUAGAGCAUUCACUCCUUUGAUGGCUGUUUCUUUCAGGGAACUUCAAAGUUAAUUCAAGGAAAUGGAGAAUUGCCUAGA